GUGUGUGUGUGUGUGUGGGCAUGUGCACGCCAAGAGGAAAUGAUGUACCGACAAGAAAACAUUGGCUUAUUGAGCCUCAUUCUAUAUUGAUCUAUAAAUGAUAUAGUACUGUGACACUGGUGAUUGGUGACACGCUUAGCAUUUCUAACAAACAUUUAUUGAAGAAUUGAAAAAGAAAGGUGAUUUUGACAGUAAAAUGUUUUCAGUUAAACCAGGACUCAUAUUCCUGGUAUUGGAGGUGGAACUGUAGAGCAAUACUGACAUCUAGUGAAAGUUGUUCUACCGUUUAUACCAGAGGUUCUCAAAGUGGGGUCCCCGGACCCCUAGGGGUCAGCAAACCACAGCACACACCCCUGGUUCAAACAACCGUCUCCUUCAUUUUCAUCUUUUUGUACAACACCGAUGGGGAAACAGGGCCCCCAAGAGUGCAUGAAAAAAAUAUAUUAGUUUACAAUUGAGAUUGUGGCUUCUCCAAUCUCCACUAAAUAUCUCAAGAUAGUUCAAAUUCUCAAGAUAAGUGUUUUUAGAAUUAGAAUAGUCAGGUUAUCUCCUGUGGAGGGCGCUGUAAAUUAACGUGUAGUUUCCAUGGUAGUUUACAUGGUUAUAUCAUCACUACAUUUCCCAGUGUUCAAAGCGAGUAUGUUUUGACCUUCCCCGUUUCCUACUUCUUGCAGCAUGGCACCGUGUUACCCAAUCAAGGAGGACAAACACACAUUACUAUUAGAUUAUUUUCUCCGUUAAGAGAGCACGAAUAUUGGGAAUAAUUUGCCAAAUGCUUGCAACGAAAUGUAUUCGCUUGUGCGCCUCGUGCGGCCGCCUAGGCUCCCGUAUCAACCCAAGCACGAGAGGAGGGAUGCCAGUUACACUGCGUUUGUCCGGUCAAGGAUCUACACUUCACUACUCCGCAAUGCCUUUCUCCAUCUCACCUCGACGACACUGUCACGGUGGUUUAGAUGAUAUACACCAGAAUGCAUCCGUUCAAAGAUACAUACGACAGCUCGUGGACGAAUACGGAGAAGUCACAAAGAAGUUACAGUACACGUUUUUAAGCGACUCUGAAAGGAAAGAGCUAAAUCUCAGACAGACGGAACUGUUGCCGGUGGAAAAGGCAUUCAGAUGCACAGUAAAUGCUAUGAAAGAGCUCGAGGAGAUUACAUCUCUGAUUCAGAGUGCGCGCGGGGCCGGAGGAGAGGAGCGGGAGAUGAUCCCGCUACUGGCAGAGGAGCACGCGCUCACCUCCCAGAGAAUACACACUCUCAAACUAAACCUGAUCCAGACGCUGGUUCCCCGGGACCCUCAUGACGACAGCAGCUCCCUGCUGGAGGUGGUGUCGGGGCGGACCACAGGAGGAGACAUCUGCCAGCAGUUCACUAAAGAGAUAUUCGAGAUGUACCAAGGCCUCGCCAGGUACCGCAACUGGGAGUUUGAUGUUCUUAACUACACGCCUGCGGACUACGGUGGGCUGCACCAUGCGGCCGUGCGUGUGGCUGGGGAGGGGGUGUACCGCCGCCUGAAGAUGGAGGGGGGAACUCACCGGGUGCAGAGGAUCCCCGAGGUGGGUCUGUCCUCCCGGAUGCAGCGCAUCCACACAGGAACCAUGACAGUCAUCGUGCUGCCUCAGCCCAGCGAGCUGGAUGUGGUCAUCGACCCGAGGGAUCUUCGCAUCGACACGUUCCGGUCAAAAGGCCCCGGGGGUCAGAGCGUCAACACGACCGACAGCGCUGUCCGCAUCGUCCACCUGCCCACAGGCGUGGCGGUGGAGUGCCAACAGACACGCUCCCAGCUGCAGAACCGCAGCAGGGCCAUGCGCCUGCUGCAGGCCCGGCUGUACCAGGGCAUGCUGGGUAAGGAGGCAGAGCAGAGGCACACUGCCAGGAAGCUACAGGUGGGUUCACGCUCCCAGUCAGAGAGGAUCAGAACCUACAACUUCAGCCAGGACCGUGUGACAGACCACCGGUCUGGAUAUCAGAGCCGGGACAUCAAGGAGUUCAUGCGAGGUGGGGAGGCCCUUGACGAGCUGAUCUCAGACCUGCUGCAGCACGGCAAGAGGGAAGCCCUGCUGGAGCUGGUGGAGAGCUACAGCCAGAGGCCCUCUGAACACAGGCCCACUACACAGGAGGCUGACUAGCCUAGCCUAGCCUAGCCAGAGGCCCUCUGAACCCAGGCCCACUACACAGGAGGCUGACUAGCCUAGCCUAGCCAGAGGCCCUCUGAACCCAGGCCCACUAAACAGGAGGCUGACUAGCCUAGCCUAGCCUAGCCAGAGGCCCUCUGAACCCAGGCCCACUACACAGGAGGCUGACUAGCCUAGCCUAGCCUAGCCAGAGGCCCUCUGAACCCAGGCCCACUGCACAGGAGGCUGACUAGCCUAGCCUAGCCAGAGGCCCUCUGAACCCAGGCCCACUGCAAAGGAGGCUGACUAGCCUAGCCUAGCCAGAGGCCCUCUGAACCCAGGCCCACUACACAGGAGGCUGACUAGCCUAGCCUAGCCUAGCCAGAGGCCCUCUGAACCCAGGCCCACUACACAGGAGGCUGACUAGCCUAGCCUAGCCAGAGGCCCUCUGAACCCAGGCCCACUACACAGGAGGCUGACUAGCCUAGCCUAGCCAGAGGCCCUCUGAACCCAGGCCCACUGCACAGGACGCUGACUAGCCUAGCCUAGCCAGAGGCCCUCUGAACCCAGGCCCACUGCACAGGAGGCUGACUAGCCUAGCCAGAGGCCCUCUGAACCCAGGCCCACUGCACAGGAGGCUGACUAGCCUAGCCUAGCCUAGCCGGAGGCUAAAGGACACUAUGCCAACUGUUGGUUUGUAACAGUGGUUCUUAACCGUGUCCUCAGGGAACCCCUGUUCUGCAUGUUUUAGAUGUUUCUUGGCUCCAACACAGCUGAUUCAAAUGCAUGCUCGUUUCCAGGCUUCUAUAGAUCUAGAUAACGACCCAUUAAUUUGAAUCAGGUGUGUUGGAGCAGGGAAACAUCUAAAACAUGCAGGACAGGGUUAAGAACCACUGGUCUGGAAGAAUCUGGCCCUGGAAAUAGCCACUGAGGCAUCAUGUUGCUGCUUCAUGUCCAGUAAGGUGAAGGCAUGUCCUUUAUACUAAUAUGACAGGCUGUGUAUUCCUGUCCCUUUACAGCUAAAGCGAUUGUAAAGAUGUAUUUUGUAAUGAUGUAAGAAUAUUUGUAUUUUGGAUAUAAAUAAUCCUGAAAUAAAAA